CUCCAGCCUGCCUCUCCCAAACCUCCUCUGAUCUAUAUCCCCGUGCUUUCACCCAUCGAGAACGGUGAUGAUUCUUGAGGGAAUUACGGGCACCAUCAUCACACGUUUCUGGAAGAUAACAUUUGAUUGGCUGAGGAAGAAGUCCCUGUCUAAGCAACCAGUCGGGGAGAGACCAUCGUAAUCUAAUCAGUUGAGCUGACGGAUGGACGGUUAUGAUGCGUCUUACUUAGCCGCCAAUCAGAAAGGAGGACAGAGGAUGCUGCCCCUCAUCAGAGUUCUAUAAAUGCAGAGGAUUCCUCAUCCAGGCUGUGAUUCGCCACCGUGAAAUGUAACCUCUUGGAUGGAUCCUAUGAUGGCUCGAGUCACCAGAUCCUCAGGAAAUCGCAAGAAAUCGAGGUCCCAAAACCCCCCAAAACGGAGCUAUAAUCACUGCCCGAAGGGGAGUUACUUCCUUUACAUAAACAAGAUUCUGAAGCUCGUCCACCCUGAGAAGACCAUCUCCUCCAAGACCCUGGAAGUCGUGAACACAUUCAUAAAUGAUAUCUUCGAGCGACUUGCUGCUAAGGCAUCCCGGCUUGUGCACAAAAAAAGGCAUUUAACUCUCCAAAUCUGGGCGAUCCAGGAGGCCGUGGACUUGCUCCUGCCUGGGGAGCUAGCCAAAUAUGCCACAGCUCAUGGCAACAAGGCAAUUGAAAGAUACAAGGCCUCCAAAAAGAUGCAGCCCAGUUCUCCAGAGGCGAGCUGAACGGGAAUUCCUCUUUUUUCAGCGCAGUCUGGCACUCCAACACCAAAAAACCUGAAAACCCUC